AUGAGCGCUGUCGAACGAGACGUAGUCCGCUGCAUGCAGCAUUGUACUAAUAAGAUGAAUAUUUUCUUCACGAACUUUCCCGACACUUGUCCAAUCUGUAGUAAAUCGCUUAAGAGUUGCUCCUUAAUUAUUCCGCCGUUUCGUGUUCCUUGCCCGUUUGUUUCUCAGAGGAACGUUUCUCGUGUGAUUUUGGUGAAACCAACGAGAGGUUCAUUUAUGAGGUAGGAAUGUAAUAUAACCCAAGAGUGGAACAUGAAGGCAGUAAAAUUUACUUUGACUUUUUUAAAUACCGUAAAAUUCCGAAAAUAAGCCCCGGGGCUUAUAUUUUUCAAAGGCCCUUUUUGUGGGGCUUAUUUUUGGAGGGGCUUAUAUUCGGAGGGGCUUAAGUACGGAGAUAAAUUUGCGUUUCAAAAUCGAUUGGGCUAGCCCUAUAGUUGGAAAAAAAUUACCGUUUUUGCUUUGUUUUACUUCGUAUUUGAGGGCAAUUUUCUAAGUACAAGCCACCGGGGGGCUUAUAUUUGGAGGGGCGAUUUAACGGUGGGUUUUUGCGUUACCGGUUUGGGGGCUUAUAUUUGGAGGGGCUCAUUUUUGGAAUUUUACGGUAUCAGUUGUUGAGAUCUUUCUCCUUCCUCAUCCAGCCGGGGGUUCAAACAUGCGGACGCCAUGUCACUUCAUUAAUUUUUUCUGAAGGGGACAUCUGGGGUUGGGGAGUGGGGCGGGGGGGGAGGGGUGGGGGGGAGGGACUCCCAUAUAAGAGUAACGGAGAUGCCCGUUGUCUCACUUAUGGGGGUCAAUUGCAGAAUCUGGUUUCACUUAGGGUGUUUGGGAUGAAAAGUCACUAUAUUGGCCCAUUUACAUUCCUAGCGUUUUAGAUGUCUGUUUUAGUAUGGUCUCCUUUAGGAAAGGAGUUACCGGUAUUUUAAGCUUGAGCCACACUCACAUUGGUGUCCCUUGGGGGUUUAAUUUUAGUUUUUCGACAAGCAUCCCCAUCUCUGUAAUAGGGGAGUCCCCUCAGGGGACAAUACUAGGAGAGAGGCUUUCUGAAAUGGUUUUUAUCAAAAAUUUCGAUUUCUUUAAGAUGGAAAUACCGAUAAUAAAUUUUUGAGGACUAACGGGAGAGUUACAUUAUAUUCAAUAAAGAGAUGAUGGAUGCAAUUUUUUUCUGUAAAGAGUCUUGUUAACCUUUUUUGAAAGGAAAAAGUAGCAUUGCACUAUUUUCUUAUGGACACAGAAUAAAUACAAAAGAGUAAUGUUUCUGAGAGUUUUUAAGAAUAAAUGUCAAUUUCUGAAAGGGUUUAUUCCAAGUAGAAAAAAAUUCUUGGGAGGAUCAAGCAUCUUGUCAAUGAGGGUGGGUGGAUAUGAAAAUAGAAUGACCCUGAGACAACAAGUGUUGCUUCACUUUUCUUUACCCAGGCAUUUAAAUGGGUAGCGGUAACAUACUUCUAGCAGUAACCACGUGAUGUACUAAGGGUGGGAGCAGGUAGCCUGCGAUCAUGCCCUCUCCCUUUAUCUCUGUAAUCUGUUUUCGGGAGGAGGGCAUGAUACAUUUUUUUCACAGAUCACAUGCAAAAAAGCCAGAAUCUGGACUUUUUUCUGAUUGGAUAGGAAACAAUUCGGAUGAUUUGGGCUGUUCCGAUUGACCAAAAUGCCGCCAUCCAUCAGUUGUUGUUGAUUUCAGUCUGCAUUUUUGCUUGCGUAAUGAGCAGUGAAUACACACGCGAGUUUAUUAUGAAAUUUCCGGCCAACUCAGUUUUCUUGAAUUCGAAAAAUGUCUAAACAGAAAUUUGAUUCAUUGAAAUAUUUUCUAUUUCAUCGUAUGCUAAACAUUGCAGUCAAGAAUUCACCGAUCAUUUGAAUGCAAUUUAAUACUGGCUACAAGUUACAGAAGCGACAAAUGGGUUCUCUAUUCAAAUAAUCAAUUCAUGAAUGGAAUCUUAACCUGGUUUGACUGUAAUUCCUCCUUCAGAAACCUGAGAAUUAUUCUGAGCGAUCUUUGCUUUCACAACACCUUUCAGUUCGUGAAAUAUGGUGCUUCAGCCCAAUUUUUUUUUCACUGCUUUCGGCACGGGACAAAGUCAACGAGCUUUUACCCUUUUACCAGUAAAUCCUUUAUUAUUUGUAGCUGUUAAAUAAAGGUACGGCAGCUCCAGCUAGCAGUAUUUCAUCACAAAAAAGAAACAUUUAAAAAUUUUUUUUAGGAAGCGUCAUCUGAACAUACUUAAAAAUUUUGUUUUCCCUAAAAUUGAUAUCGAAAGAGACAUUAUUCCCGCCAAAAUUUGAUUCCCGUGUCGUAAACGCUGAUUGGCUAAUAACAUGACAGAUCAAGUAGACGUUAGAUUAUGUAAAUUAGGGGGCGGUUGAUGGCUUGUUAAAUGAAUGUAUCAGGCACUAUUUUUUUCCCUCUCGAGCCAAAGAAGCAAAGAAGCAGAAAAAAAAAAGACGCCUGAUCUCAGGUUAGGGAGCAGGUAGCAAAGCUCCUAGGUGCCUAGUCAGUAGCGGAUCCAGACCGUCAGACAAGGGGGGCAGGGGUGGUCAUCCAGCCUCUGAGAUAAGACGGGGACCUGGUGUUCAAAAAAAUUUUUUGUCGGCCCUUUGGGCCUCAGUUUGGUCUAAAAAUAAGGGUUGGAGGCCCGGGCCCCUCCCCUGGAUCUACCACUGUUGAUGCUUCUGAAAGUGGGUUAUGCUCAGGCAAUGUUGGUCUUAUUAGAUGGUGUCUGCCUUAACCUGUACCCACUAAUGCAUCAUUACUUGUCAACUUUUCAGGGAUUAUAAAAGUGGUGAUGAUCUGCACAUUGGAGUUGCUGCAUCAAAUGGAGUAGUUUAUAACUUUGAUGAGCUUGGACUUCAUGCUGACACUGCUGAUUGGGAACAAUGCAUUGUUGCAAGCAUGAGUGAUAUUUAUUUUUCGAGAUCAGAUAUUUGGGAUUCUAAGCUUCAACAGAUGCUUUUGAGUGGGGUUUGGACUUCUAAGGAGUGAGUGGUACACCAGUCCUCUAAGUGCAUAUACACAUCUGGAAAUGAUCGUGUAACCUUUUAGGUGUGAGCUUAUUCAAGGACCAUGGGGCUAUGGGGCAGGGUGGGCUAUAGCCCUGCCAAUGAUAUUGCCGGAAUUUUUUUGCGCUUAUGAAAGUAGUUCUUAUCUUUCUGUUAAAAGCAAAGACCAUUUCUUUUUUUUCUUUAUCUAAUGUAUGUUUUGUGCAGAAAACGUAUAAAGAGACUGAUGAUAAAAAAUUGGACAAAAUGUUCUCAGGACUGGGUAGAAGUUAGUAAAUGUGUUUCUGGUGAUUUCAGAAGCUCAAAGUCUCAAAAUUGUCUGGUGGAGCAUGCCCCUGGACCCCCGUAGAUGAACUCGCGCCUUUGGUGCUCUGAUUUAAAGCUCGUGCUACACACAAGUUAGCCCUACCAAUCUAAAAUAUGUCAUGGUCCCUGUUAUUGGCUUAAUUGACAUAUCAAUUUUUUUAUUUUUUGAUGAGUUUAGAGUGGAUAUGGGUAUGGGGAGCGAGAAGGUGGUGGAUGAGGAAGAUUACUGAGCAUUUUGUUUUGUAAUGAUAAAAAGAAUAGAAUAGAGCGAUUCUCUUAUGACCUUGAAAAAUGGUUUCAGUAUUAAGUGUUCGUCAUUUGUUUUAUCCGGCAAUGGUUUAAAAGAUCAAAACAUGGACUAUUCGUUUUCCCACCAAAGAAAGCCCUAAUAUGGAGAAGGCAUUGUUUGAUUGGCCAAUCAUGUUGCAGUAUGACAUCAAAGUAAAGUAUGGAUUUAUUUCUUAAAAAGUUCUUGGGCAUGAAGAUUUUUCACCCAAGCAUUUGCGUAACCAACCAAAAGCCACGCACGUUUGUAUUUGUUCGAUAAACCAGUCAAAUCGCUCAUUUUCUGUUCGUUUGAUGUUUCUCUUUUAUGCGCGUGUUUUCAUUUCAAGGUCAUACGAAAAUAGUUGUAACAAUGGUUCAUAUAACAGACACAAUUUAAUGAGAUAAAAAUAUUAAUAAGAAUAGGAAUUUACCAAUUUUCACUUUGAACUUGGAUUACAAUAAUUCAGUGGUGAUAUAACUAUAAAAUAGCUACAAUAGCUCCCCCCUGGGCUUCCUUUGUCUUGCCCAUCCAUAAAAGUGAAAAAAAAAGAGUGAGGUCAAUAUUCAGCCAUCCUAACCAAACAAGUGUGGUCAAUAAAAGAGUUAUUAUAUGGAAGUUAAACAAAAUCUUUUCUUGUGGGCUAAUGAUCGAGAUCGGUCUGUCAUGAAGUAUACGUACAAAUUCACAGGCUAAUGACUCCUUUGUUUUCUCUCAUAAUAAUUUCUUUUUUGUAGGUAUGAUGAAAUCAAAAACAACUGCUACGACUUUGCACUGAGUUUCUUGAAUGAACUUCUACUUAUGGACAUGAAGCCAAAGUUACAAAAAGCAAACUUUUGUAAGGAUUUUAUUGUCCCAUGGACAACUAAGGCAGCGCAUUACAUUGACUUGUACAGACGAAUACAGCAGAGAGGGGGAAUAUCUGUGGAAAAAAUUCAAAGAUGA